AUGAGAGAUAUUAUAAAAAAAGAAGAACUCGAUGCAAGAAGCAUGUACGGUGAUAGUGCUAAAGUAAAAAAGCUUUCCUUACCAAAUUCUAGUACGACACAAAAUCAGCAGACAUGUACGGGUCAAAGUGAAUUAUUUGAGAGUAUUGUUAAUAAAAUGUUUCAGAAGCACAGCAGGGAUGAUGUUGAUCAAAAGAUCGCGAGAUGCUUAUAUGUAAAUGCAAUUCCCAUGAAUGUUCUUCGGUCUCCAGCUUGGGCAGAAAUGGUGUCCGCCAUUAAUAAUGCACCAAAAGGCUACAAGUCUCCUUCUUAUGAAAAGGCUAGAACUUCUUUAUUAGACAAGGAGCAAAUGUUGGUAAAGCAAGCCCUAAAUCCUUUGGUGAGUGAUUGGCAGGCUCAUGGAGUUUCAAUUGUCUCUGAUGGUUGGUCGAAUGUGAAAAAUACAUCAUUAAUAAAUAUUAUGGCGGUAUCAGACGGCAAAGCAAUGUUUCUAAGCGCACACGACGUCUCAGGAAUAGAGAAAACUGGUGAGAACAUUUCUGCGAUUCUCUUGAAAGCAAUUGAAGAGAUUGGGCCUUGGAAUGUUAUACAAGUCCUCACAGACAAUGCGGAAAAUUGCAAACUGGCUGGAGAACUCAUAGAACAAAAGUAUCCCCAUAUAUUUUGGUCGGGUUGUUUAGCACACACCCUAAAUUUAUUAAUGAAGGACAUAGCAAAAUCCAAGGAACCAGCCAUUUCAUUUGUGAAAGAAACAUAUACAAAAGGCAAGGACAAUGUGAAGUUCGUGAGGAAUCAUUCUCAAUGUCUUGCUUUAUUUAAGAAGUUUUCUCCUUUGGAGGUUCUCAAAUCAAAGAAGACACGGUUUGGAUUUCAUUUCGUCGUGUUGUCCCGGAUUGUCGAGGUAAGAGCUUCUUUGAUUUCCAUGGUAUUAUCAGAAGAAUGGAAAGAACUUAAGAAACCUGCAAAUGCAGAAGAACAUGCAAAAAUCACCUCAAUUGUCAUGGAUGGGAAUUUUUGGAGUAAUGCGGAGAAGGUGUUGCGAAUAACGAAGUCGAUAUAUAUAAUGCUUAGAUUUUCAGAUUCCGAUAAGGCCGUUAUAUGA